CCCCGCCUAUUCUUUCAAACACUAAAAACGACGUGUCAUCAUGCCCCCGAGGCGAUCCCGUAGAGUCGUCGGUUCUGUCGUCCGGACAACCACAAGAGUAGUUGAAGAAACCGUACAAGUAGCGGUUGUGGAGAAAGAGAGCCAAGAUUUAACUCAAGAACCUGACACCGCAGAAACCGCCGACGGUGGCGGUGAAAUGUUUCGGAGGCCUGUCCCGGUGGAAGAGAUUAAGUCUCCUCCACCGGAACAGCCGAUAACUCAUCCUGUGUCUGAAAAUUUCGAGGUGAGAAGGGCAACAGAUUCGACUUCGCAGCUAACUGAGGACACCGCGGUGACUCCGGAGAUGGAACCCGAGGUCCAGAAAGGAAAAAAAGGUGGGAGGAGGAAGAAGAAGAAGGAGAAGAAAAGGGAAAUUAAGGAAGGAAAAAGGAGAAGCAAAAAUAGUAGUGGUAGUGGAAGAGAGGGAUAUAAGAGGUAUGUGUUCAAGGUGUUGAAGCAAGUUCAUCCAGAGAUAGGAAUUUCAGGACAAGCUAUGCUUAUUUUGAAUAAUUUCAUGAAUGAUAUGUUUCAAAGACUUGCAGAAGAGGCAACUAAACUCUCCAAAUACACAGGUGGAAUGACCCUGUCGUCAAGGGAAAUACAGGGGGCGGUGAGGUUGGUGUUACCGGGAGAGCUGGGGAAGCACGCCAUUGCUGAGGGAACUAAAGCCGUGUCUAAUUAUGUAUCUUAUGGUAACAGAACAACAAAAUCCAAGUUACUUUAACUAAUUAUCUUUAUAGCCCCUCUUUGGUUGUCUUUUUUUUCUUUGUAUCUUUUGUAAAGUCUAGGAUGUUAUGUAAAAUAUCUCUUCUGCUAUCUCUCUUCUCUCUUGCUCUUUGGCUAAACCUUUAUUAAGUAAAUAACAAAGGAUUAUCCACCUCAAAUUGGAGAUUCUCUCUUUCUGGAGAGAGAAAAAAGAAAUUUUAAGAAAAAAGAAGAGGACGGUGUCGAACUAUUAAGUUAAAUGGAAAGUUGAUGUAGGUGUGUCUUUCGGUUUCUGGGCUUGUGGAUAUUUGAUUUUGGUAAGAAAAGGUGGUGCAUGCAUGCAGUCAAAAUACGAAAUUGUAAUUCUGUAGUUCUGUAUGAUAGAGUGAAAUAAUUAGUUUUUUUUUUUUUUUUUUGUAAAAUAUAUGGAAGAGACAAAUAUUUUACAAAUGA